GAAGUGUGAUGGUAUCCUAUGAAUCCUAACCCAAGUGUCCAUUGAUGCAGAUCUUCCAGAGAAACAUGAAACCAAACCCAAAAAGAAAUCACUGAAGGGGACAAAAGUGCAACAUGAGAGGUAAAAUGAAGAACUGGCCUUUUGAGAGUAGCUGCUGGGAGCUGUGACAAACCAAGAGACCAGAGGAUUACUACACAGCUCCCGCAGAUAUUCACCUAAGGCAUCAGGUCAGCCUUCAGCAAGCGUCUGCUGAGGCGUGGGUUCGGCAGCCAAGGAUGGAAGUGCUACGCCGUUCCUCAGUCUUUGCUGCAGAGGUGAUGGAGGUUUUUGACAGGUCUCCCACUGACAAGGAGCUUGUGUCCCAAGCCAAGGCUCUCUGCAGAGACUACAUAAAUUCAAGGCUAAUUCGAGCGGGAGUCAGCUGGAGCAAACCUGAGUACAACGCACCAGUGCCUGGUGGUAAGCUGGCCGAGGUGUCCACCAUACUGCUGCGACUAGGGGAUGAGCUGGAAUACAUUCGCCCCAACGUCUACCGGAAUAUCGCCCGCCAAUUGAACAUCUCGCUGCACUCGGAGACGGUGGUGACGGACGCCUUCCUGGCAGUAGCUGCGCAGAUUUUCACUGCAGGCAUCACGUGGGGCAAGGUGGUGUCUCUCUAUGCUGUGGCAGCUGGGCUGGCGGUGGACUGCGUGCGGCAUGCACAGCCAGCCAUGGUUCACACCAUUGUAGACUGCCUGGGAGAGUUUGUCCGCAAGACCUUGGUGACAUGGCUGAAGAGGAGAGGAGGCUGGGCAGACAUCACAAAAUGUGUGGUGAAUACUGACCCCAGCCUUCGCUCCCACUGGCUCGUGGCCGCUGUUUGCAGCUUUGGUCACUUCCUCAAGGCUAUCUUCUUUGUCCUGCUGCCUGAGAGAUGA